AUGGACAUCUCGCCCUCAUCGGAAAAAAACAGCUCCGGCGAUGACAAAGAUAACACUAAGAUAGAGCAGAGGGUGGAGUCAAUUGGCAUAGAAGAAGAGCUUCAUCACCCAUCUACCAAACGAAGGCUUACGGCACGCCAUGCCAUAUUUAUCGCUUGGGGUGGGACCGUCGGGACGGGCCUCUUCAUCACCACCGGCAAAACUCUAGCUAUCGGCGGCCCAGCGUUCCUCGUCGGUAGCUACGUGUUCGUAUCGAUCCUGGUAUAUUUUAUUCUCACUGGAAUCAUCGAGAUGGCGACAUUUCUUCCUGUCCGCGGAGGUUCCAUGAGCUGCUACGGCAGACGCUUCGUCUCCAACAGCGUCGGGUUUACAAUGGGCUGGCUUUACUUCUACUCUUUCGCCAUCUUGGUUCCGUUCGAACUUACCGCGUGUGCUAUUAUCAUCAACUUCUGGCAACCGGGCAUCAACAGCGCAGUCUGGAUCACCAUUCUACUGGUGUUGCUGGUUAUUCUCAAUGUUCUUCCGGUACGAUUCUACGGAGAAGCAGAAUUCUUCUUCACCGGAGUCAAACUGGCUACCAUCGUCGGGCUGCUAAUUCUUUCGUUUGUCCUGUUCUGGGGAGGAGGUCCCGAUCACAGGAGGCUUGGGUUUCAUUAUUGGAAGAGCCCUGGCGCGACAAAAACCUUGAUAUUAGAAGGUGACGCCGGAAGGCUGGUUGCGGCCAUUGCCACUGUGAUCAGCAGUAUCCUGCCGUUUACCUUUACGCCCGAGAUGGUGGUUGGAACGGCGGCCGAGAUCAAAUCACCGAGAACAAACGUUCCUAAAGUCGCAAGACAUUUCCUCUGGCGACUGAUCGUUUGUUUCGUUGGAAGCGUUGUUGGUAUUUCGGUCAUCUGUCCCUCCGACGCUGCGGCCCUCAUGAAUGGAUCAGACGCUGCGUCUUCUCCUUGGGUCGUGGGUAUUCGCCAAGCUGGGAUACACGGCCUGGAUAGUGUGAUCAACGCCGUGGCUCUCAUAGCGGCUUGGUCAACCGGCAACGCAUUCCUUUACCUCGCCAGCCGGUGUCUCCACUCGAUGGCGAUGGAAGGCAGCGCGCCUUCGAUUUUCAAAAGGUGUACUGCUAAGGGAGUGCCUAUCUACGCAGUCGGGGCCACGGCGCUUUUUGUCCUGGAUCUGUUGUUCGGUUACAUAUCUUCGCUUCCGGAGAGCCUGUAG